GGUUAUGAAAAUGACGCAAACAGAAGUCCAUCUAAAUAAAUGAAAUACAGGAUUUUCCCGUUUUGUGGUAAUGCGAGGGAGACUUGUUAUUUUGGACUGUGAAAUUCCACAGUUUUGUGGUUGGGAUACAAAACGUUUUAUCAACCACAAUGAAAGGUGGUUUCAAACUAAAAUUAUAUAGCGACAUUUUUUACUAUGCAGAACAUGAAUUCAAAAGGGUUUCUUGCAGCUCUGCAGUAAGUUCUGAAAUUUGUCAGAUAAUUGGUGAAUAUAAAUUAUCAAGGCUAGCUUGUAAGGACGAAAUUUCUUUAUUUAGGAACGAAUUAAUGUUUUAGGUUUUUUCAUGCUGAAAUUGUGGGUGUCUCAUAGGAUUUUGGUAUUUUUACUAAAUUUAAGAUUCAUAAAGCUCGAAGAUUCCUUUUCAAUGGCUUCCACUUAGCGUGACAGCCCUUAAGUUCAUCCUGUUUCGGUGUUCCUAUCAGACGUCGUCACAUGAGUAUGACGCGAACAACAAAACAGAAAAUCUUAAUCAAUAUUUCAAAGAGUUUGAGGUUUCUCUUGUUCCAUCACGCACUCUGAGUCAAACUUUUGUUUUCGUCAACUUUUCGUUAAAACUGGCCGGAAGUUACGAAGCUUCGCCCUGACUUAUGGAGGGCAGAAGACGGAUUAUUGCUAGUCAGGUUCCCGUCACUUCCUCGCACCCACUUAAAGUUUGCUUACUCCGCAAUGUUACAUGAAGUUCCUUCAUCAAGACGUAAACGUAUGCAUGACAUCAUUUCUAUCCCCGCUGCGCUGAUACACGAAAGAAUGGCGGAAACGUUCAGAAUUGAAAAAUAGUAAAGCAAUAUGAGUCGUCAUAACAAACAAAGCUACAGAAGAAUCAAACUAUGCUGAGAAUGCAGAAUCUGACACUUAAGGAUUCGAUUCGUCGACAACUUAAAAACGUCAACAUCAGCCGUUUUGAUUUCGAUCUUCGCGUGCGAAGAGUCAUUUCCGACGUAGAUAAGCUAGGCAAGCCUGGACAUUGCUGACAGGGCAUGUAAUGCGUUAACGUGACACGGGACUUUUCCGACUUUUAAGGCAACGGAAAAUUGCUACUAGCGGCGCUGGGAGGAGCAGAUCCGGUUUUUAGACGUCUGCGGUUUCGAUGUUCGCUUAUAAUCGCGAUUUUAGAGCAUUGGUUGAUCAUUCAACCGAGGGCAACAGAGCACAUCAUAGCCUCUUGUAAGAAGCGACAUCACCGACAACGACUGCCUCGUAAUUGUAUAUUUUCUUGAACAACGUACAUCCAUUUAACAGGACAAAGAAACAUGAAGUACAGUAUAACAGUUACAUUGUGGUCGGCAUUAGCCGUACUAAUUUUCACAAGGAUAAUACGGACUGUUGCAUUUCCUUUGGAUUCUACUGUACUGAAAUCCGUAUCUAUCGAAAGGUCUGUUUGGUUAUUUUCAACGAAUACAAAUAAAUUUGUACGAGUGGAGGGCUCCAAUGUAGAUGCCUUGGGUCGCAAGACAGACGCAAGUGCUAAGUUACAGUUGGAAUCAACUUAUGUAGAAGGUUUCGGCGUUGGAGUCAGAAUAAGAUCCGUAACAGAAAACAGCUACCUAUGUGUCAACCCAAAUGGCGACCUUACACUGGAGGUGCAUGGAAACACUUUAGACCGCUGCGUGUUUUCAGAAGACUUCUCCGAUGGGUACACAACAUUUCAGUCAAUGUACAACACAAGCUGGUAUCUCGGUUUUAAACGAAAUGGAAAGGUAAAACAGCCACACAAUACGACGAACCUCCAGAAGGCCGCGCGAUUUAUGCCGUAUAAAUCUUAGAGUUUGUUAGUUCACGAAUUAAAACUGUUUUAGGUGUACAGUGACCUUAAAAAGUAUUAUAACAUAGAAGUAUAUUUAAUUACAGAAACCUAUUUAUUUGUGAAGAGCCUACUUAAAAGCCGUCAAUAUUGAAUUUCGCUUAAAAGAUAUAUUUAUUACCAAAGAGAAAACUUAUGGAAGAUACGUUAUGAAAAUAAUUGUUUAAUCAUAUAUGAUAUUUAUUUACUUAUUUAGUUAUUUAUUCAAAGCAGAAAAUAUUUUUCACAUAACUUAUUCGAAAGUACAUAUGUAUAUUUUCAGUAUCUACUUUUUAAAACACCAAACGAUACUGUGUAUUGUUAUUGUAUUUCAUAUUGACUGUUUUACAGUUUGUCUUACUGAGGAAAGACGGUAAUAAACUAAAUUAAAUGACAGAAACAUCGGCACCCUGUGGUCGUCAAAACUCCAUUAACUCCGUUUAGCGUUUCUAGAUCCUCUAGAGUCUGGAGAUAAUGAUAGCAAUUUGGAUGAAACCCUUUAUGAGCAGCACUUUUCAUAUGGUUCAGUCUGUCAUUUUUUUUCAAACUCAGUUUGAUACUUCUUCACUCCUCGCAGAGAAAGAAUUAAUGCUUAGCUUGACCAAGCCUAUUAUUUAGCUUAUACAUGACCUUUUUAAUUGAGAUGACACGCUGCCUCGUAAAACGAGGGGUGACAAUUCUGAUAAACACUGACUGUUUGAAUUUUACUGAGUUGUAACGAAGGUCCUCCCUGAAAUUCUGAGAAUUCUCCCUGAUGCUUUUAAUUUUCUGUACUAUGAUUUUCGAUUUUUGCAAUGCUCAGUUUAUUGUUUUGACUAUACACCGGCCAUUAAGUACUUUUAAUUCUGCCAAUCUGAGGCAGUGACUAAUAUUUGAUGUCCUCUCCAAACGGCAUUUCAGAAUAGAAUUGUCAGACCCUAAUUUUAAUCCUGGCACAUGAUCCCGAUUUAACUGCUUUGUAUGUUAUUCAAAGAAGCUUUAUUAUCAUAAUUUUAUAUUCUUUAUUGAAAGACGACGACGUUAAAAAAUGUUUCAUUUUAACGACAAGUGAAUUCAAUUUAAUAUUAAUAUUUGGGUU